CCAGCCUCUAUUUAGUACGCGCGUUCCCGCGACGGGCUUGUGGAAAAACUGCGGCUGGUCGAGCCACGCAGGGACGACUGUGUACAAUCACCGCUAGAAAUACAUUCGGAUUUCGUGUUUUCCCGAAGACAUUCACGUAAUCCAAACGGGAUCAUGACCGCGACACACGCGUACGAGCACACCCGGGAAUGACUCGGAAUCAACAAGAGGAAACGCAUUCUCCAGACGCUUGGUGAUUCUAUCCGAUCCCCUCGGCUCUGUUGAAGAUAUAAGAGACUUCCGUUCCACCGGUGCUGCCAAAGCGUAAUACUCAAUUUACGGGAAGGAGAACGGCUUGUGUCCUUGAUCGGUCAGAGACGAAGGCACACCGCAGGAGCUAGAGCAGCAACUGGUGUCUCUGCUGGGCGCUCCUUCCGUCUGUACCUCCUGAUUCAUCGCACCGUCCAGUGAUCCGUGCGUGAGAGGACCGGGGCCGUAGAGCACAGUCCAGGGUCGCUGGUUCAGAGUCCAUUCCGGUGACCUGUGGCUCCAUGGAGGGAUUUCCUGUCCACUGACUCCGCCCCCCCCACCUCACCGCCUCUGCAGCCAUGUCAGCCUGCAGCUCCUUCACUGAGCACGUGUGGAAGCCGGGCGAGUGCAAGAACUGCUUCAAGCCCAAGAGCCUGCACCAUCUCCAGCCUCAAAACAGCGUGAGGAAGGCCCAGUCGGAGCACAGGCUUUCCCCUCCACAGCAGCAGCAGCAGAACCAGCCUUCUGUUGGGGCCAGGCCCAACCCGGACCUCACCAACGCCCCCCAGAGGCCCGGCGGAGUGGCUGCUCGCUCGGGCCACUUCCGGCCGCCGGUGGCCAAGAAGCCCACCAUCGCAGUCAAGCCCACCAUGAUGCUGCCGUGCGCCUCCACGGAUCUGGAUCCGGAAGGCAACCUCCAGCAGCAGCAGCAGCAGCAGCAGCAGCAGCCGCACCGUCCACCCAGUGCUGGGGAGCAGGGCAAGACCUCCGCCUUCACGGUCUGGAACCGCAACGGGCUGAAUCGCAAGAGGCCUGCCGGGCCCAACAACAACAACGAGGGAGAGGAUAGAGGAGGAGGAGGAGGGGAGGAGAUCGAGGGUUACGGACCGCUCAGCCCCCUGGCCCCGUUCGGGAACAACAACAACAGCGGACUGACUGACGUUCUCAAAGAGAUCGUCGGCCUGGGGCCGGGCCCCAGCCUCUGUCCCCUGUCCGGCUCCAGGGACCUCUUCUUCGGACGCAUCAACACGUCAUACCGGCGGUCCCUUGAAAGGGGUCUUCAGGCCGCGAGCUGCCUGGCCAUGGGUCAAAGCGUUGGAAGCGGAGGGUCUGGCCAGAAAAGGGUCUCCCUCAACAACAGCGCUGAGGUCAUCAGUGCCGAGGGUGGACGCUACUGCUACCCGGAGUUUUCCAGCGGGGACGAGGAAGACGACGAGGAAGAGGAAGAGGAGGAGAGCGAAGAGGAGCACGAGGAAGACGACGACGACGACGAACAGGACAGCUGGGACGAGAGUGACGAGGAGAUGCUGGCCAUGGCGAUCCGCAUGCGGGGCCAGCCGCGCUUCUCGAUAUUCCGCGCGGCCACGUUGUCGCCGGUGCACUUCGCCGCCGGGACGAAGUGGAACACGGUGCCGCUGCGGAACCGCUCGCUGCAAAGGCUAUGCGCCGUGGACUACGACGACAGCUACGACGAGAUCCUCAACGGCUACCCCUCUCUGGACUCCAACGGAGCUCCCAUGGCCUACGGACAGAGCGACGUGCUGGGUGGCGGCUUCGUCUCCAACUCGGAAUCCCCCACCUCGCCCGAGUCCUCCUCGUCCCUCCUCGGGGAUUCCCGCACGGCCUCGAGCAGCGGUAGCAGCGCCGCCCCCUGCGGGCACCCGAACGGCAUAAACUCUCCCUCGGCGCCUCCACACGCUCCCCACAAGCCCUGCACUUUUGAGACUAAGGCGCCGCCCGACCCCAGGUCGGCGCCGCAGAGUCCGUUUAGGAUGGCCGAGACGCACACGGCCGUGCUCGCCAUCCGGCUGGAGGAGCAGAGCGGCAAGGAAGGCGCUCCGAUGCCUCAGGCUCUACCGGGUCAACCCGUCACCAUCAGCUUCAGCCCCACGGAGGAGCAGGUGGUCACCGGGUACCCGUACCGGGUGGUCAACCUGGAGAAGUCUCUCGUUUGCAAGCCCUACACUGUCGUAGACGUUUCUGCAUCCAUGACGACCAAAGAAGAGCCGAUCCCUGACCCCACGUCGAAAACGAAAAAAAGCCCCCUGAGCCCAAACGCGUUCCCCGGCCCUCUGCGUCAGGCCCUCUCUCCGUCCUUCCCGGGGUCCCCUUCUUCCCCGGCGUCCCCGAUGACGCCCACAACGGCGCUGUUGCCGGCGAACGCCCGCCGGAAAGCCAGCGGGAGCAUUCGGUACCAAGAGGUGUGGACGUCCAGCACAAGCCCGCGCCAGAAAAUCGCCAAGAUAGAUCACGGGUCAGGGUGCGCACACGGUCCGGUGGUCCCCCCGCGACACUGCAGCCACAAGUCGGCCCCCACGUCUCCCAUCUCCGGGCUGUCCUCCUCCCGCACCAUACCGGUGAAAUCUCCCAACUUGUCGGAAAUCAAGUUCAAUAGCUUUAACAACGCCGGGAUGCCGCCGUUUCCCAUUAUCAUUCGCGACGAGCCGGCCUAUGCGCGCAGUUACAAUAACGCCGUCAAGGUGCCCAUCGUCAUCAACCCGUGCGCGUACGCCUACGACAACCUGGAGGUGUACAGGAGCUUCCUGGGACUCAGCGGGGAGCUGCCGCCGCCCAAAGGGGCCGUCGGCAGCAGAGUGACGGGCAGCAGAGUGACCAGCCACACCUACGAGGAGAUCGGCUCCUCUGAGAGCGUCCAGUCCAGCUCCACGGAUAAAACCCUCUCCGGCAAGGGCACCUCUGAAAGAGCCGCUGCCGAGGAGCUGAGAGCUCGGCCCGAAGCCCUGUCCAAGAUGAUGAACGUUCAGCCGAGAACCACUACAGAUCCCAACACUGCGGGUGCAAGCAUUGUACUGAGCAGCACCAUAAGCGCCGUCUCCUCUCCCACUAGUCCGGCCAACGCGGCCAGUCCUCUCACCUAUACCGUGAGCCUACCCAAGCGCAGCCCUGCUGCCACUGCAGUGGCGCCGUCCGGCCAGAGGAGCGGUGGGUCCUCUGUCGCCACAGACCUGUCCGUGUCCUUCGGGGCGGGGGCGGGCCACCGCGAGGAGGCCAGCGCCGUGCUCUCCCAGAUCGUGGCGUCCAUCCAACCCCCGCACUCCCCUCCGGAGUCUCCCUCGGAGAAGUCCGAGACGUUCGGCUCGGAGGAGAUCUACGCCGUGCCCCCCGACGCCACGGAGAGCCUCGUCCGGCCCAAGUCCCUGUUCGCCUCCCCCGACGGCGCGCUCUCCAAACCCAGCCAGGAGACGCCGUCGAGGCUGCUGCCCAAGUCCCACAGCGCCUCGGCGGCUCUGCCCCUGUCCAGCCCCGCCAAGGCGGAGCCCGGCGCCCCGUUCCCCCCGCCCCGCUCCACCUCCUCCCCGUACCACGCCACCAAAAUCCUCCAGAGACACUUCGGCAACUGGAGCAACAAGUCGCCGGCGUUGGGUUCCCCCACGCGGGCCGGCGCCGGGGAGAGCGGCGGCGGCGCGGGCGACGGCGGCAGCGGCGGCGGCAGGCGGGCGGCGGCCGAGAGCACGAAACCCAAACGCUGGAUCUCCUUCAAGAGCUUCUUCCGCCGGCGGGUUCAGGACGACGAGCAGAAGGAGAAGGCGGAGAAGGAGAAGGAGAAGGGGAACCUGGUGGGGCUCGACGGCACCGUCAUCCACGUGCUGCCGCCGCCGCCCCAACAGCGGCAGAACUGGUUCGCCGAGGCCAAGCCCGACGACCCCAGCCAGAAGCCCACCAUCAUCUUCACCUACAAGCCGGACGGCGCCGCGCACGACGGAGACGAUAAGGGGGAGGAGCGCUCGGACGAUCAAGGCGGGGAGGUCGCGGCGUCGACCUCCCCGGAAGGGAGUAGGGACCCCGGGCUGACGGUUCCGAGGGGAACGCCGUCGCCGCACAGCGUGGGGGCGGACAUCAUCAGCGAGGUCAUCAGCCAGGUGGCGGCAGCGAGCGGCCAUCACCGCCCCACCAGGGACGGGGGGGAGGGGCCUGCAGGGGCCGCCUCCCUCUCCGGCCGGCUCCUAAGACCCUCCCCCACGCCCAGGGGGGGUGGAGGAGGAGGGGGCCUGAAGGAGGAGGAGGAGGAGGAGGAGGAUGUGGAGGAUGAGGCCUACCACCGCCCUUACCACCUCGCCCCCACCACCACCGCCGCCGCCGCCGCCGCCGUCACCGCGGCCAGCGAGGGCAGUGCCAGCCUGGGGGACCCCGAGGACGACAGCCUGCACUCCCAUCACUCCCACUCCCCGGCCUCCAGUGCCUGCAGCGCCACCUACAGCAACCUGGGUCAAUCCAGAGCCAACAUGAUCCCGCUCAAACAGCCGCGCAACCUCAAAGCCUCCAACGACACCCUGGCCUCGCUGGACCUGGACGGCCUCUCGGAGCAGCCCUUCCCCAAGUCCACCCAGCCCCCGCUGCCCAAGAAGUCCGUCCCGCGCUCCGUCACCGAACCGGGCCUCGCGGGCAAGGAGCCGCCGCCGCCGGGGCCCGUCGCGAGACCCCGGGCCGAGGCCAAGCCCGGCGGCACCAACCUGAGCGUGGCCAACCCCCUCUACGACCUGGACUCCACCUGGGAGUCGGCCAGCCAGAGCUCCUCGCUGAGCUCCGAGCCCCACCGCCUCCACGAGCACGGAGAAGCGGCGGGGACUCCCUGGAGAGGCCGACGCCGCCGCCGCCGGCAGCCGCGCCCAGCUCGGGGAAGGGACCGUCCCGCCAACAGCCCUGACCGCCUGGUGGCCCGGCCCCCGGCACGGCCACCGGCGGACGGGAGAGGGGGGGCGGGUCUCUGGCGGCGAGGGCCCGGGACAACGGGUCGAGGGGGGUGGUGGUGGCGGGCGGCGCCGUCGUGAGGUCCGGGGGGCUCCUCAAGCCCCCGGUUGCCCAUCCUGUACCGGGGCAUGGACAGCUGAGAGGUGGUGGGACGCAUCCGCAGCCUCCACACGGACACGCUGCGGAAGCUGUCGGCGCGCUGCGAGGACCGCUUCAUGGCGGGGCAGAAGGACCACCUGCGCUUCGGCACCGACAGCUGGUCCCACUUCCGGCUGACGGCCGGCAAGCCGUGCUGCGAGGCCGGGGACGCCGUCUACUACACGGCCUCGUACGCCAAGGACCCCCUGGUCAACUACGCCAUCAAGAUCUGCCGGAGCAAAGUGAAGGAGACCCAGCAGCAGUUCUUCCACGGCCUGGCGGUAAGGCAGAGCCUGGCACUGCACUUUAACAUCCAGCAGGACUGUGGACACUUCCUGGCCGACGUCCCCGCCCGCCUGCUGCCCUGGGAGGAGGACCCAGGGAGCGACGAAGAGGAGGAGGAGGACGACGACGAGGAGGGAAGGAACAAAGGGAGAAGGGACGAUGAGAAGAGGAAGGCCCGCAAACAGGACGUCCGGACCGGACGCCAGGCCUUCGUCGGCGGACGGCCGGCCGGAGGAGCCUCGCCGCACGCGAGCUCGCGGGGCUCCCUGCGCAGCCGCGUGGUGGUCAUCACGCGGGAGGUCCCCUUCCAGACGGUGGCCGACUUCGUCCGCCAUGGCGUGUCCCGCCACGCCCGCAACCCGGAGCUGUACGAGCGGCAGGUGUGUCUCCUGCUGCUGCAGCUGUGCUCCGGCCUGGAGCACAUGAAGCCCCACCACGUCACGCACUGCGACCUGCUGGAGAACCUGCUGCUGGUGCAAUGCCUGCCCGUCCCGGCCAACCCCGCGGAGCCCACGGAGCCCAACAACAACAACAACAACAACCCAGGGAACGGCGCCGGCGGCGGCGGCGGUGGAGGGUCUAGUCCCGGCAACACGGCCAACGCAACGCCAAACGCCGCCACCUGCCCCGCCCGCCUCAUCAUCAGCAACUUCUCCCAGGCCAAGCAGAAGAGCCGCCUGGCGGCCGGCGACGCGGGCACCCUGCGCGACCAGUCGCGGCUGGCGCCCGAGAUCGUGACCGCCUAACCGCAGUACCGCAAGUGCGACGAGUUCCAGACGGGCAUCCUCAUCUACGAGAUGCUGCACCGGGCCAACCCCUUCGAGGAGACGCCGGAGCUGAAGGAGCGCGAGUACACCUGGGCCGACCUGCCGCCGCUGCCCCUGCGCUCGCUCUACUCCCAGGGCCUGCAGCAGCUGGCCAGCCUGCUGCUCACCGUCUAAACCCGCUCCGAGAGGAUCCGCAUGGCGGAGGGCGGCGCCUGCCUGCAGUGCCUGCUCUGGGGCCCGCGGGGAGGACCUGUUCAGGCACUGGGCGCCCCCACGGCGGGGGGCGACGCCGGGCAGCAGCGCGACACCACGCUGCAGAACUGGCUGGACCUGAAGAGGACGCUGAUGAUGAUCAAGUUCGCCGAGCGCUCGCUGGACACGGUCAGCGGCGUGAGCCUGGAGGACUGGCUGUGCUGCCAGUAUCUGGCGUUCGCCUCCACCGAGACGCUGGGCCGCGUGGUGCACAUCCUGCAGCAGGCCCCACCCCCAGGUCGCCCCCCAGGACCAGCCCCCACCACAGGCUUCCUCCCCAGGGCCCGCCCCAGCACCAGCAGCCGCCGCCGCCGCCGCCGCACGUCGCCCACCACGCCCGAACCACCACCACGCCGCCCCCACGAUCCGCCUCGCGCAGUCCCAGCCGCUGUGAGCCUCUGA